CCCGGGCGGCCCAUGGCCACCUAUAGCCCGAUCAUAAGUUUGAUCAGAGAGAGCGAUAGCAAAACAAAGCAGCAAACAAAACGAAGGGAACUGGGGACAUGGCAGCUUCUUCAUUGUUGAAGAACAAAUACUGGAUUCUUAGACAUGGCAAAAGCAUCCCUAAUCAGAAAGGCCUCAUUGUUUCCUCUUUGGAAAAUGGGGUACUUCCAGAGUAUCAGUUAGCAGAGUUGGGUGUUAAACAAGCCCAAUUGGCUGGGGAGCAAUUCCAAAAGGACUUGAAGGAUGCUAAUAUUCCAUUGGAAAACGUUCGCAUUUGUUACUCUCCGUUUGCUAGAACAGCUCAUACUGCUAAAGUGGUUGCAUCUGUCUUGAAUCUUCCAUUUGAAGGUAGUCAAUGCAAGGUGUUUGAAGAUCUUCGGGAACGUUACUUUGGCCCUUCAUAUGAGCUUUCAUCACAUGACCGGUAUCCAGAGAUAUGGGCGCUUGAUGAGAAAGAUCCAUUCCAGCGUCCAGAAGGUGGAGAAUGUGCUGCUGAUGUUGUAUCACGUCUAUUGAAGGCCAUUGGAGAAAUGGAGGCUAUGUUUGAAGGGUGUUCAAUAUUGAUAGUCAGCCAUGGUGAUCCCCUCCAAAUGUUGCAGACAAUACUCAAUGCUGCUAAGGAAUAUAAAGAAUCCAGCUGCAGUAGUUAUUUGGCAAGAUUAGAAGCUGUUAAAGUUCCAUCUGUCUUGUCACAGCAUCGGAAAUUUGCCCUGGAAACCGGUGAGCUGCGAUCCGUGGUUUGAAACUACAUCACCUCAAUCAUGUAGGGGUAUGUUGAUAUACUUUGGACCAUUCGUAUUCUUGCUGCAGAACCUCUUGGUGUAUUUCUUGCAAUAUUUAUCUGGCUAUCAUUUUUCCUUUGAAUACCCUAUUGGAAAAGGGAAACAUCAUGAUUUAGUCUUUCUAAUAAGUUGUAUAUGCUGACUUGAUAUGUGCUCUUUUAGCUGUUUAUCCAGUUUUUGUAUGGAAGUCAGCUUUGUGUAUGAUUUCAGUACCAUAAUAUAUGAAGUCAAACUGAGUAUUGAACA